AUGGCGGUGGGGCUGGAGGAGGCCUUCGGGGCAGCGGGCGCGUUCGGCGGGCGCCUCACCGCCUUCCCGGUGCUGCUGCAGGUAUACGUGGCUUGUCAGUUGAUGCUUAUUGUGCUCGUGGGAGCUGUGCCCGAGUAUCAUAUAGACCAAGAAGGAAUUCCAGCAAGCAGAGCUGAGCUUGCCAAGCACAUUCAUUUUGCAGGCAACUUCACAUCUACAGUAACGGAGUGGUACCUAAUCGAACAAGAAGCCUACAAAGUAAGCCUUGAAUCAUCCCUAUUUUUUUCUGGAUUGCUUGUUGGAAAUAUCACAUUUGGCCCUGUGUCAGAUACACGCUGGUUUCCUGCUCAGUUUAUCUCGGGUCUCUUUUUUGAUGUCGUUUUUGGGUAUGUCACAGCAUUAGCUCCGAAUUAUGACAUAUUUGCAGUUUCAGGUUUUUUUGUUGGAAUUGUGAAUGGUGGAAUGGCUCUUGUGUCUUUUGUCCUAACACAAGAAUAUGUAGGAAAAUAAUUUUGGUCAUUUACAGGUUCCUCAACUAAUUUGACAUUUGCAGUUGGCAUUGCUGUUUAUGCUUUACUGGGUUACUGUGUAAGAGAAUGGCGCUACCUUGCCUUGGUAUCAAAUACUCCAGGAGUCAUCUUCCUCCUUCUUUCUUUUACGCUCCCAGAAUCACGACGGUGGCUGUAUUCCCAAGGGAAAACGGCAGAAGCUGAAGAUGUGUUGCAAUAUAUUGCCCUUGGUAAUGGAAAGAGAUUAAAUCUAAAAUUAAAACCAAGUGCAGGAACUCUGAGAAAGGAUGAAUCGGCACCUGGUAUCCUAAACUUGGUAAAACACCCAGUCCUUCGGUGGCGAACCGUCAUACUGAUGUAUAUCUGGUAUGUCUGCAGCUUUGUGUACUAUGGACUGACUUUAAAUGCUGGUGAAUUAAAAGGAAAUCUGUAUUUAAAUGUGGCUCUUUCUGGUCUUGAAGAAGUUCCAGGAUUUCUUCUCUGCAUGUUUUUUAUUGAGAGGUCCUGGUCUGGAAGAUGUAAAACUAUGGCAUGUUUUCUGCUAUUUGCAGGAUUUACCUGUAUAUUUACCAUGUUUUUACCAACAAAUGCUGGUCAGACCAAGCUAUAA